UUGACGACAAUACUAUAAGUCAUCACAUCUCACCUUACUUCAUCGAACGACAUCCUCGGAAAUUUCCCUAGAAAAGGGUCCAAACACACUUCUCUCAUCCAUCUGACGACGGUAUUCAGCACAAACCAUGUCCAAUCCCACACCUAUCUCCAUUCGCCCCGCCGACCCCGCUGACCUCCCCCAUCUCCCUGUCAUAGAAUCAGCCUCAGACCAGAUAUUUGGUGCAACAGACAUGCACUCCAUCGCAGAUAGCAGUCCGCCAUCCAUUGAGUCGUACACACAGGCCCAAUCGCUGGGUCAUAUCUGGGUCGCAACACCCACCAACUCCACUUCUACAACAGGUGUUUCAGCACCUCCCGUUGCCUUCAUCACCAUUGCUUUACACUACAAUUGCGAAGCACUGAAAAGUGCGUUCAUUCAUCAGAUCUCAGUGCUGCCUGAGUAUGCGAGACAGGGGAUUGGAGGGAGAUUGAUUGAGUUUGUGGCGGUGUGGGCGGGAGAGAACGGGUUCAAGGCGCUUGAGCUUACGACUUUUGAGCACGUGCCGUGGAAUAAGAAGUACUAUGAGCGAUUGGGAUUCAAGGUCUUGGUUGGUGAAGAGUAUGAUGGGGAGGAUGCGAGGGAGGUCAGAGAGCGGCUGGAGGAAGAGCGGAAGGAUGAGUUGCUGGGGAAGUGGAGCAGGGUGGCUAUGCGGAAGAUGCUGUAGUUUUGAUAUAAAAUGUGGGGAGAUUAGGAAUCUCCGCUCCAAGUCAACGACGGGAUGCCCUAUACGGCCCAUCACUUGUGGUUGAUACUUACAGUCUUCACAGUAUUUGGCGGUGUCGCUUUCAGAGCAAAAUCAAGCACCGAUGCAUUGCCACCACCGUGCAGAUUCCCAAGAAGAAAAUAUUCGAGCAGAUUAAUACGCUUUGGAAAUUACUAUCUAAGAUCCUUCGUCUUGCCCAGCUGCCGUUUUGAGAUCCUUUAACUCAUAGCAGACCACGAGCAAUAUAAUUCUAGACCUGAACAGAUAUAGCGAUAUCCAUGUUCAACCUGCAGAGUCACGAUGUGCACUAGGGAAAUGCAUCGCUUACAUUCAGCAUGGCUAACAAGAGUAAGGCUGCCAUGGGCUGACACGUUCGGCAAAUUUCUAGAAACCUGGAGCAGACUUAUAAUAACACGAAGCGAGGCC